AUGACUUCUCUUCGCAUUCAAUCUCGUCUCUUUUGCAUAAUCCGACGCAGUUCUUGCCUUCAUUCUCCACGCCUCUUUUCUUCGACUGCGCCGACCAGUGCUCGCAGGAGAACACGAGUCGCAAAAGAGACUGAAUACGAUGUUGAUAACCUGCCAGAGUUUAAGUUCGAUGAUAUUACCACCCCUGCACAUGAGAUGAUGGCUGCACAGAAGGAGGUUCGAAAGUAUUUAAGGAAGAUGCUGUUUGAAAUACCGCAGUUGACUGUUUUCUCUCUUGACAACAACGACACAGAAUACGCAACACCCUUCGUGCCCCCUCAACCUUCGCAACUCCUCUGUUUCAAAUCAAUAUAUUAUGUGGGCGAAUACAGCCCUCUCCAGGAGAAAGCCGUUAUGACUGUAAACUAUCGUAAACUCGCUCGUCAUUUGAACUUGACUGACGCUCAGCUACACAAAUUACUGCUGCUAUGCGGUCCGCGAGUAAACGUGCGGACGAAAGAGAUCAAGUUUUCUUGCGAGAGGUUUCCGUACUUGGCGCAGAAUAAGAAAUAUUUGAGCGAUUUGUUGAAUCGCUUGAUCGAGGAAGCAAAGAAUCCAGAAGAUACGUUUGCUGACAUUCCGCUUGAUAAAAGACAUUUGAAACCAGAGAAACGAAAGUUAAAAUUCCCCACGGAAUGGCUGAUUCCGGAAAUGGAAGAAAAAGAAAACCAGACAGUGGUCGAGGCAGUGGUCAAGGCAACGGGGGAAGCAGAUGGGGAGGCAACGAUCAAAGCGACGGGGGAGGCAGUUGGAGAGGCAGGUGGAGAGGCAGGUGGAGAGGCAGGUGGAGAGGCAGUGGUCGAAGAAAGGGAGGAGACAUCGGAAGAAGCAAAAGUUUAA